ACUAUUUACACUUGUCCAUCAUCCCAAACUAGAAAAUUAUGAGAACUAUUGAACUCUCUCACAUCGUCCUAUAUAUAUAUAGUGAUGAGGCUGAUACCCUCUUCAACAACUUCAAAAUAUUCACAGCCAUGUUAGACGUGUAUAGUAGUACCAUCACUUGUGUCUCACAAAACUCCUCUCCACCGCAGCCGCCGCCGGUAAUACCGCCGCCGUCAUCUCCACCAACGGUGAGCCGUUACGAGCUACAAAAACGGCGAGACUGGAACACAUUCGGACACUACUUGAAAAACCACAAGCCACCAUUAAUACUAUCGCGAUGCAGCGGAGCCAACAUUCUGGAAUUCUUAAAGUACCUAGAUCAGUUCGGGAAAACUAAGGUACACAACUGUUCUUGUCCGUUUUACGGCGAUCCUAAUCCGCCGGCACCGUGUAAUUGUCCGUUGAAACAAGCGUGGGGGAGCCUUGACGCGCUUAUUGGUAGGCUACGCGCUGCCUUUGAAGAGAAUGGAGGAAGGACGGAGACGAAUCCGUUUGGUGUAAGAGCAGUGAGAUUGUAUUUAAGGGAAGUGAGAGACACGCAAGCGAAAGCGAGGGGGAUUGCUUAUGAGAAGAAGAAAAGGAAGAAUGUUAAGCAGCAGCAGCAAUACUCUAUAUAAAAGAAGAUGCAUCCCAUAAUUAAUUAAUUGGAUUUUGAAUUAAUUAGCUAGCUUGUUGGUGAUAUAUGUAAAUGAAUUAGUGUAAGUAUAUAAAUUACAUCUAAUAUGUUUACUACUUAUGGAUAUUUUUGUAUGGGAGUAUGUUUUUGUCAGUAUCA